UGACGUGCGCGCCUGAUCUUCUAGUAGUCAACGGUGGAGGUGCGUUGAACGCAUGCGUCCUGUGGCCGCCUAGUUAAAGGGGUUGCUGGUGGGUCGCGCAGAAGCCAUGGACCAGGGCUACGGAGGCUAUGGUGCAUGGAGUGCUGGACCUGCCAACACACAGGGUGCAUAUGGAACUGGUGUGGCCAGCUGGCAAGGUUAUGAAAACUACAAUUACUAUGGUGCCCAGAAUACCAACGUCACCACAGGCGCAACCUACAGCUAUGGCCCAGCCUCGUGGGAGGCUGCCAAGGCCAGUGAUGGUGGCCUGGCGGCUGGGGGCCCUACCAUGCACAUGGCCUCUUAUGUCCCAGAGCCGUGCACCGACAAUUCCGACUCCCUCAUUGCCAAGAUCAACCAGCGUUUGGACAUGAUGUCCAAGGAAGGAGGCAGGGGCGGGAGCGGCGGCGGUGGGGAGGGCAUGCAGGACCGGGAGAGCUCCUUCCGCUUCCAGCCAUUCGAGUCCUAUGACUCCAGGCCCUGUCUGCCAGAGCACGACCCCUACCGCCCCAGCUACAGCUACGACUAUGACUUCGACCUGGGGUCCAACCGCAAUGGCAGCUUUGCGGGGCAGUACGGUGAAUGCCGAGACCCGGCCCGGGAGCGGGGCUCCCUUGAUGGCUUCAUGCGGGGCCGGGGCCAGGGCCACUUCCAGGACCGGAGCAACCCUGGCACCUUCAUGCGCAGUGACCCCUUCAUGCCUCCGACGGCAACCUCUGAGUCCCUGUCCACACCAUGGAACGAGCUGAACUAUGUGGGCGGACGGGGCCUGGGAGGGCCCUCCCCCAGCCGGCCACCUCCGUCUCUCUUCUCCCAGUCCAUGGCUCCUGACUACAGCGUGAUGGGCAUGCAGGGGGCGGGUGGCUUUGACAGCACCAUACCUUACGGAUGUGGCCGCUCGCAGCCCCGGAUGCGGGAUCGGCCUAGGAGGAGAGGGUCUGACCGCUUCGGACCAGAUGGCACGGGCAGGAAACGGAAGCAGUUCCAACUGUAUGAGGAGCCAGACACCAAACUGGCCCGGGUUGACAGUGAAGGAGAUUUCUCCGAAAAUGAUGACGGAGCUGGUGACUUCCGCUCAGGAGAUGAAGAAUUCAAAGGCGAGGAUGAAUUCUGCGAGUCUGGGCGGCAGAGAGGAGAGAAGGAAGAUGAGGACGAGGAAAUAAAGAAGAGAAGGGAAAAGCAAAGGAGGAGAGACAGGAUGCGGGACCGCGCAGCCGACAGGAUUCAGUUUGCCUGUUCUGUGUGCAAGUUCCGUAGCUUUGAAGACGAAGAGAUCCAGAAGCAUCUGCAAAGCAAAUUUCACAAAGAGACGCUGCGGUUUAUAAGCACCAAGCUGCCCGACAAGACGGUGGAGUUCCUCCAGGAAUACAUCAUUAACAGAAAUAAGAAAAUUGAGAAGCGACGUCAGGAAUUGAUGGAGAAAGAGAGCCCAAAACCAAAACCAGAUCCUUUCAAAGGGAUUGGCCAGGAGCACUUCUUCAAGAGGAUCGAGGCUGCUCACUGCCUGGCCUGUGACAUGCUGAUCCCUGCGCAGCCGCAGCUCCUCCAGCGGCACCUGCACUCCAUGGACCACAAUCACAACCGCAGGGUGAGUCUUCUGCCCCACACUGCCUGGGGUGCGUGUUGCAGGCUGUGGCUCAGAGCCAGCUGUGUCUUAUGGGGAAUUACCCACAUUUUCAGGGGUUCUCGCUGUUUUCUCUUUGGCCAGGGUGAGGACCCUUUCACCAAUGAAACUGUUGAUCCAGAAAUGGAAGGAGAUGACAAUUUAGAAGGUGAGGAUAAGAAAGAGACACCUGAGGAGGUGGCCACAGACGUCUUAGCCGAGGUGAUCACGGCAGCAGUGAGGGCAGUCAACAGGGAAGGGGCGCCGGCUCUGGAGAGCAGCGGGGAGCCAACUGAGGGCAAAGGCCCUGUGGAAACAGCAGAGGCUAGUAGUGAUCCUGAAGCUGAACAGCCCCUGGAAGAGCAGGUGCCCUGCGGAACAGCAUCUGAGAAGGGUGUCGUGGAGGCAGGAAGUGGCACCGAGACAAUGGCAGCAGAGGGAGAAAGUGCCCAAACCAGAGCAGCUCCUGCCCCAGCUGCCACGGAUACCGAAGCGGAACAAACUGGUGCCGAGUCCAAAGAUGCUGUUGUCACAGAAUGAUGCUUAUUUCCCUGUUCCAGGGGAGGUGUUGGAUGAUGGACGUGUUGCUCUUUCUCCCUUGGUUUGUAAGCAGAACAAGGGUGUGUGCUACCGGGAUACACUGUAAACUGAUUUUGGUGAAGAGACCCAGCCAUUUCCUCCUGGGCAGAGAGAGCCCCUCGGCUUGUCUCACGCAGUCAUGUGGCUUCUUGCCUGCGUUUGAGAGCUGCAGAAGUACCUUUUCCUUAGCGGCUGUAACAUUUCUCUUGACACUGCACUUGGAAUAAUAAAGGUUGGGUGAUUACAGCUUGAUGAUACUUUGUUUAUUCAAUACAACCACUGACUGAAUGCCUCCUUUUUUUUGUCCUUAACUUUUUUUUUUGGUUGGGAACAGCUCAACACUAGGAAUAUACCUUGCUCUACAGGGUAUUUUUGUUUUUUACAUUUCAAGCUUCAGCCUUUAACCUGUAUCUUUGUAGCACUCUGUAUGGUGAGUGACCUUUACAGGACUUGGCAGCACCUGGUUCAAUGUGGCGUUCACUACGUCACAUCCACGUGCGCAGAGGCCAGAAGAAUCUGACCAACCUACGCCACUAGAAGCACACCCACCUCACCCUCAAGAGCCAGACUGUCCAGAGGGCACUGUUUCCAACGGUUAGUCUCACGGCAUCACUUCUCUCAUGUUUUACCUCCUUUGUGUUCCACCUCUAGAUUAGUUCAGGUUUUUUCCUUUAAAAUGAGUUACUCCCACUCAAACACAUUUACAAAGAAAAUUUGGUGGGAUGUGGUGGCACAUGCUUAUAAUCCCAGCAGUUUAGGAGCCUGAGACAGGAGGAUAGCUUAAGCCCAGGAGUUCCAGACCAACCUGGACAACAUAGCAAGACCCCAUCUCAGAAAGAAAACGUGAUGUGAUUCCCAUAGAUGGAAUAAUCCAACAUAAACUGCCAUAGAUAGAAGCUAUCUAUUACAAAAUAAUAAUAUAAUGAAAUACAUGUUUCACUUUAGAGAAACAGCUAUUACUUUAGACCUUUCUGAAUCUGAGAAAGGGAGGCUAGCAUGUGUUCAAAGUUAGCACACAGAAUUUCCUAAAAUCAGAAGAGUCUGAAGAUCCCUUUUGAAAUGGCCGUGCUGUGUCAGUUUCCCUGUGGCCUUUUGAACUGUAUACAUCUCACAACAUGGACCACUGGGGAAUCAUUAGAAAAGGAGGCAGUAAAAUAACUUGGUGAUUCUCUACUGUAUACCAGGAGCUAACAUGAUACACAUUCUAGGAAUUGGGCCCUGUUCAUGAGGAGCUUUAGUGGAGAUUCCGGGUGAAUGAAGAAAUCAACAUUAGAACUAAAAAUGGAAAUAAACUGCUUGAUGAGA